UCAAUAGUCUGCAUUCCCACAACAAGAAUGGCCAGAGGAGAAAACGCCCAAAAUCACAGCCCUGAAAUUAAAGAGCCGUCACCAAAGAAGCGAAACCUUUACCUAAACGGCGUUGCUUCCAAUGGCUCUACCAACAUCCUCCCUCUUCUUAGGGUGAAAAAGCUCUCUGAAAACGCCGUUCUCCCAUCCAGAGCUUCCCUCCUCUCAGCUGGAUAUGAUCUCUCCAGUGCGGCUGUUUCAACUGUUCUGGCUCGAGGAAAAGCUCUUGUUCCUACGGAUUUGAGCAUUAGCAUACCUGAAGGAACCUACGCUCGUAUAGCACCGCGAUCUGGUCUCGCUUGGAAGAAUUCAAUUGAUGUGGCUGCUGGUGUAAUCGAUGCUGAUUACAGAGGUCCUGUUGGGGUCAUUUUGUUCAAUCAUUCGGAUGUGGAUUUCGAAGUGAAACCUGGAGAUCGGAUUGCUCAAUUAAUCAUUGAAAUGAUCAUGACGCCGGAGGUACUCGAGGUGGAUGAUCUGGAUUCUACUGUGAGAGGAAAUGGAGGUUUUGGAUCUACUGGAAUCUGAAUGCCCACGUGAUUCUCUGCAUUAAUGUCAUUGGCCUAAGCUUUUUCUUCUUUCUUUGAUCUUUUCUAACCGUUGAAUGUUAGAACUUAGCCGGAAGAAGACUUUUGUCGAAUGGUUUGUAGGCAGAGUUGUUACCAUCUCUAUUAGAAUAUUAUGAUAC